AGAGUCGCUCAAGGGUUAUGUUUUGUAUAAAGCAAUACAUGUUUGGUUGAGCUAUGAAUGAGGAGCCAUCAUCCCGGCGGCUCGAAGGUGGAAAAUACUGUUAAAAGUCUAAAUACAGACGUUUAAAAUGAGCAAACAAAUGUUUUGGACAGGUACCUAAGUCUUCAUUCAACGCCAGAGUAUCUUUUCGUCGGAUAUCGUCGGAUUCUCUUCUUUGUCCUUUAUAGUUCUAAGAUUUCAAGAAGUAUUUAGGAUAACUUUCAUUGUGACAGAGCACACAUACUGCUCAGGGUCAUCGCUUGCAUCACUCUUUCUACACUUCCCCCCUCUUUUUGAUUUUUGGCUACUUUUUAAGCAACAAGUAAAAAAAAAAAGAAAUCCUGUCUGCUAACACAUAGCCAAGAAACCAUGUCCUCCAUCCUUCCUUUCACUCCCCCUGUUGUGAAACGCCUCCUGGGAUGGAAGAAAACUCCAACAAGCAGCGGAGGAGCAGGAGGAGGAAUCGGAGGAGUCGGGGAGCAGAAUGGAGGAGGACAGGAAGAGAAAUGGUGUGAGAAAGCUGUGAAAAGCCUGGUGAAGAAGCUGAAGAAGACAGGUCAGCUGGAUGAGCUGGAGAAGGCAAUCAGCACGCAGAACAGCAACACAAAGUGUAUAACAAUACCAAGCAAUUGUUCAGAUUUUUGGGGUCUAGGCUCAGGCCACUCGAUAGAGCAGUGGGACUCCACAGGCAUGUAUGGAUACCAAGACCACAGCAGGUCAUUGGACGGGCGUCUGCAAGUCUCUCAUCGUAAAGGCCUGCCUCAUGUCAUCUACUGCCGCUUAUGGAGAUGGCCCGACCUUCACAGCCACCACGAGCUGAGGGCCAUCGACACAUGCCAGUAUGCAUUCAACCUCAAAAAAGACGAAGUGUGCGUCAAUCCUUAUCACUACCAGAGAGUGGAGACGCCUGUUCUCCCUCCAGUGUUGGUGCCACGCCACACAGAGAUUCUGACAGAGCUUCCACCUCUAGAUGAUUUUACCAACUCCAUUCCAGAAAAUACCAACUUCCCUGCAGGCAUUGAACCUCCUAACAACUAUAUACCUGACACUCCUCCACCUGGCUACAUGAGUGAAGAUGGGGAGACCAGUGAUCAGCAAAUGAAUCAAAGUAUGGAAUCAGGUUCACCAGCAGAAAUGUCACCAAGUACCCUGUCACCUGUCACCGGCAUGGAUCUCCAGCCAGUCACCUACAGUGAACCUGCGUUCUGGUGCUCCAUAGCGUACUACGAACUGAACCAGCGGGUCGGAGAGAAUUUCCACGCCUCCCAACCAUCCCUGACCGUCGACGGCUUCACUGACCCCUCCAACUCCGAGCGCUUCUGUUUAGGACUCCUGAGCAACGUCAAUAGAAAUGCAACAGUUGAAAUGACAAGGAGACACAUAGGUCGCGGCGUCCGGUUGUACUACAUUGGAGGAGAGGUUUUUGCAGAGUGCCUCAGUGACAGUGCCAUUUUUGUACAGAGUCCCAACUGCAAUCAACGAUACGGCUGGCAUCCCGCCACAGUCUGCAAAAUACCUCCAGGCUGUAACCUGAAGAUUUUUAACAACCAGGAGUUUGCAGCACUGCUGGCCCAGUCCGUCAAUCAGGGCUUUGAGGCGGUGUAUCAGCUAACCCGAAUGUGCACAAUCAGAAUGAGCUUCGUCAAGGGCUGGGGAGCCGAGUACAGGCGUCAGACAGUAACCAGCACCCCUUGUUGGAUUGAGUUGCAUCUCAACGGCCCCCUCCAGUGGUUGGAUAAGGUGCUGACCCAGAUGGGUUCCCCUUCAGUACGCUGCUCUAGUAUGUCCUAAACAGGGUUCCCACGACAAAGUUAGAUAUUUCUCAACUUCAGAGCAGUUUAUUCUAAAAGUGACCACCAAUCAGUCUUAAAUUAUGUUUUCCAAACUUCUUGUGAACACAUUUAGAGCGAUAACAAACGUUACAACGAUGGACCUGGGGAAUAAAAGUGGCAUCACAAGCUGACUGUAUUGGUGACAGUGAUGUGGUCACUGGACCUGAACCCCCCUAGCUUUGUUGGGUUAGCAUCAGGCUGAUGUUCCACUUAAUUUCAGCCUAAUAACAGAAAUCCAACUGCAAUAUUAAACUAGAAUUGAUGUCAUAUUGGACCGGACAGAAACAGGGCUCUGGUUGAAGAGGAAAAAUAAAAUUACUUAAAAAAAAAACCCUAGUGACAUAGCAUCGGUUUUUGAGGUCAGGCAUGCAACCUAUAAAAGAAACGGUCUUAAACGAGUUUGUUGUGAUUUAUCACGACCAAAUUAGAGCGGCACACCUCUUCACAUCAGCCUGACCAACUACUGCCACUUUAGACUUAUGUUUAACCGCAAUAAACUCCCCCCACUGGGCAUGCCUUUUUUUUUCUUCUUCUUCUUUUUAACCCCAAAUGAACGACUAAACAUCCAUUCCCCCGUUAUUUAAGAUGUCUCCAACUCAGUACUGUUUCUUUGUGAUUAUAAACUGAUGAUGCUGCACUGCAUGGUUUUUAACUGCCAAACGGGAAACAUAAUACAUUUGAUACACUCCUUUUUGUCUCUAAAACACACAAGUAUUCUCAGUAUGCUCAAUAGAAACAUUUGAAUUAUUUUCUUUGCAGAAACUACCUAAUUUCUAUUUCGUAGAAAAAAAGUACAAUAAAGACUGAUUGGAUACUUUUAUUCACUCCUUAAUGCAUGCUCUUAUGGCCCUUCUAUCUUUAGAAGAAAAGCAUUGUGGUGGACCUGAAGACGCCCUAAAUCUAAACUCAGAGAUUCUAUUAUGACUACUUCUGUGUGACAGAUUAGACAAAAAAAUAUUCACGAGUUAAAAAACGCACAAGUUUCCUAAACUAAUGCAGUUGUAUUUAAAGUCAUGGACAAUUUAUUGAUAUGAGAAGUCUUACCAUGUGGGACUUUAAUUUACAAAGUAGCUUCUAUACUAUUCUUGCACUGCCCCAAUGAUGCACCCUCAAAAAUGUUGCCUUUCAAUGUAAAAAAUACAAUUUGUGCAGAAAAUAAGGUUUAAAAUCCCCUUAAAAUUCAUUUUUUUCUGUUUUCCAUUAACAAUAUUUUUUUCUGUUCAUUAAUUGUUUUUCUCUGCUUGUUGAUGAGUGAAAUAUUUGAUUUGAAUGAGAUUUCUGAUCUAAAAACCAGCUUGUACAUUGGUAUUUUAAACUAUUCAAGCUUUAAGUGUUCAAAAAAGCUAGUUAUACACAUCUAUUAUUUUCUUUACACGAUCUUUUAGCUACAUUUUUGUAUUUUUAUGUAUUUUUUUAUAUAUAUGUAUAUGCUAAAUGUAUUUAAAAUCUUUAAAGCUUUCCCUAGACCUUUUUUUCCCAUAGAAAGACCCUGAUUGCAGCUUAACGAUAGCAUGUGAGGUGUAUGUUGGAUGGAAUCUUCUACCACUGAUAGGAGGUAUUACUGCAAAGUUACCCCAUCUAUCAUUCUCAUUUUGUUGACUUAAUUUAUCAAGGAUAUUUUUACAGUUACUGCCUGUUCUGAAAACGUGUAGCUUUUUUCUGAUUAUAACCUAUUUCUUUUGAUUUGAAGAUUUGUAUUGAAGUUGCAUAUUAAAUAUGUUCUAAAAAGUCAAAA